AUGAAACUUCGAAAUAUUGCCAUCAUCGCGCACGUCGAUCAUGGCAAAACAACUCUGAUCGACGUCCUGCUGAAGCAAUCCGGUGCAUUUCGCGACAACCAGCGCACUGAAGAGCGGAUGAUGGAUUCCAACGACAUCGAGCGCGAACGCGGGAUUACGAUCCUGGCGAAAGUCACCUCGCUGGUCUGGAAGGACACACGCAUCAACAUCGUUGAUACGCCGGGCCACGCCGACUUCGGCGGUGAGGUCGAACGUAUCCUGCACAUGGUCGAUGGUGUCAUCCUGCUUGUCGACGCUGCAGAAGGUCCGAUGCCGCAAACCAAAUUCGUGCUCGGCAAAGCACUGAAGCUCGGCCUGAAACCGAUUGUCGCCAUAAACAAGAUCGACAAGCCGGAGCAGCGUGCCGACGAAGUUCUGGACGAAGUUUUCGAUCUCUUCGCCGCGCUCGAUGCCAAUGAAGACCAGCUGGAUUUUCCGGUUCUCUACGGUUCCGCCAAACAGGAAUGGAUGGCGCUCGAACCGGACGGACCACAGGACAAUAUGGAUCCGCUGUUCGAUAUGGUUCUGGACAAGGUUGCCGCUCCUGAAGCGGACCCGGGUGAAUUCCGCAUGCUGGCGACCACGAUCGAGUCCGACCCUUUCCUGGGCCGCAUUUUGACCGGGCGCGUCGUUUCCGGAACAGCAUUGCCCAACAUGCCCAUCAAGGCGCUUGCCCGUGACGGUAGCCAGGUGGAAUCGGGACGUGUCUCCAAGAUCCUCGCGUUCCGGGGACUGGAACGCCAGCCGAUCGAACAGGGCGAGGCCGGAGAUAUCGUCGCCAUUGCCGGUAUGGCAAAGGCAACCGUCGCCGACACUCUGUGCGCAACCGGCGUCACCGAAUCACUGCAGGCGCAGCCGAUCGAUCCGCCGACGCUGUCCAUGACCUUUCGCGUCAAUGACAGCCCGCUGGCCGGCACCGAAGGUUCCAAGGUUCAGUCCCGUGUCAUCCACGAACGUCUGAUGAAGGAAGCCGAAGGCAAUGUCGCCCUCAAGGUGGAAGACACCGGCGAACCGGACGCAUUUGUCGUUUCGGGCCGCGGCGAACUGCUGCUCGCAAUCCUGAUUGAGAACAUGCGUCGCGAAGGCUUCGAACUCGGGGUCGGCAGACCCCGCGUUGUCUACCAGUUCGACGAUGCCGGCAAUCGCCUUGAGCCGAUCGAGGAAGUCAUCAUCGACGUUGACGAGGAACAUUCCGGUGUCGUGGUGCAGAAGCUGCAGGAACGGAAAGCCGAUCUUCUGGAAAUGAAGCCCUCCGGUGGCGGCCGCACCCGUCUCGUGUUCAAUGCUCCGACCCGUGGACUGAUCGGCUAUCAGGCCGAGCUCCUGUCCGACACACGCGGAACGGCCAUCUUCAACCGUAUCUUCCACGGCUACGAGCCCUACAAGGGCCCGAUCCAGGGACGUCAUACCGGUGUGCUGCUGUCCAACGGCACCGGUGAAGCCGUUGCCUAUGCCCUCUUCAAUCUGGAAGAUCGCGGCCCGAUGAUGAUCGACCCGGGCACCAAGGUUUAUCCGGGCAUGAUCGUUGGUGAGCACACGCGCGGCAAUGACCUGGAAGUCAAUGUGCUGAAAGGCAAGCAGCUGACAAACAUCCGUUCUGCCGGAAAGGACGAUGCGGUCAAGCUGACAACGCCGAAGAAACUCACGCUGGAAGCCGCGCUUUCCUACAUCUCAGACGACGAGUUGGUGGAAGUCACUCCCAGCUCCAUCCGCCUGCGCAAGGCCAUUCUCGAUCCGCACGAGCGCAAACGCAUCGAACGCGCUGCCAACAAGGAAAGCGCGUAA